CCAUCCAGUGACAUCUGCCAGAAAAUCUAGUACUUCAUCGCGAGCACGACCAUAUUUGCGAAGUUUGUGAAAAAUUCAGCAAUUUGUGUGAUUUUCUCGUGGAAAAACAAGUGUUUGGUGCCUGAAAUAGUGUGAAAAGUGAAGAAGAGAGUGUGAGGAAGAGUAAUCAUGUUGGCUGUGGGUGAUACACAGUCGGGAAUUCCGGCUUUUCUCGUCAAAUUGUGGCGCCUGGUUGAAGAUCCCACUACAAAUGACUUGAUAUCAUGGAGGCCGGAUGGCGUGAGCUUUGUGAUAAAAAAUCAAUCCAAGUUCUCAAGUGAACUCUUGCCACUCAACUACAAACACAACAAUAUGGCUAGUUUUAUUCGUCAACUCAACAUGUAUGGUUUCCACAAAGUGGCCUCCAUUGAGAAUGGUGGGCUGCGCUUCAAGGAUGAAAUGGAGUUCUCACAUCCGGACUUCAGGCGUGGCGAAUAUCCGCUGUUGAACAAUAUCAAGAGGAAGAUUGCCACGGCCAAAGGAGCUACGGUGGAUGCCAAAAAGACACCGCCAGAGUCCAUUAACAGGGUGUUGACGGAGGUGAAGGCGAUCAGGGGAAAGCAGGACUCUCUGGACUCGAGAUUCUCAACGAUGAAGCAAGAGAAUGAGGCGCUUUGGCGGGAAUUGGUGGUGCUGAGGCAGAAGCACAUCAAGCAGCAGCAGAUUGUCAAUAAGCUCAUUCAAUUCCUCGUGACAAUUGUGCAGCCCUCGAGGAGUGGCUUGAAGAAUAUGAAUGGCGUAAAGAGGCGCUAUCAGCUGAUGAUCAGCGAUCAGCCGCAAUCGUCGGAGACGGAGAAUCGCCCGGAGAAGUCUGGGCCGGUGAUUCAGGAGUACUUUGACGAGGACAGCAUUGAUAACAUUCUCACGGACAACGUCGCCGCUGCUGCUGCUGCUUCUGCUGAUGAUGAUGUGGAUGUUCCGGAGGACAUUGACGAGGAUGAUGAUGUUGGAGAGUUUGGUCAGGAUUCCGCGGAGGCGUUCGAUGUGGGUCGAGUGAUUGAGGAGCGGCUGCUGGAGGAGAACAAUAGAGUGACAGACACAGAGAAUGACGACAAUCUGAAGCUUUUGCCUGUUCAUGCGUCGCCGAAGAAGCCCAAAUUGUCCAUCAAUGCUCAACUGCCGGACUUGUCCACGCAAUCCUUCGAUGUGGAUCUCAGUCUGCUGAACACGCCAGUGGUGGAGAGUCCGAAGCAGGACAAGACGGUGACGUGGUAUGGCAAGCAAGAGGACUUCCUGCAGGACAGCAUUCCGGAUGACUUGCUGGAGAAUCCCUUCGUCGAGGGCACAUCGAGUGGCGCUCAGGCACCUGGACAGUGGGUGGCGGGCAAGAAUUUGGCUCUGGCGAAGAUCAACACGAGGAAUAGUCUGCCCGAGGACAUCUUCAAUCUCAGCACGCCCGCGUCUUUUAUGUUCAGGGAGCAAUUUGACACACAUCUUGAGCAUGUGCAGCAGGAUUUGAACAGUCUGCAAGAGAUGCUGAAUGGCGAAGGAUAUGCGAUGGAUGUGAAUCCACUGGAUGGAUUGUUUGGUGACUCUUCCGAGAUUCUCUCUUAUCCGGUGACACUCGAUGAAGAGGCAGCAGCAGAUGCAGCAACAGCGAAACGAUCACAAUGAACAGCGACAAAUUGAAAGGAUUGAAGAGAUGGACCUCAAUUCUGUGAGUUGACGAUCAAAAUCCUCCUGUUGUGUCUUCAGAUGGUGGA